AUGCCUUUGGACGAAGAAGGCGCCAAAUGGUCCUGCGAGCCAUGCAUUCGCGGUCAUAGAUCCUCAAAAUGCCAGCAUUUUGACAGGCUGAUGAUGAAGGUACCCAAGGCGGGGCGUCCACUUGCCAAAUGUCCUCAUCCGAAGGGCUCCUGUAGCUGUCAGAAGCUCUACGCGUUUAUGAUUCGGAUUCCAAAAGGGUCUACCUGUCUUUGUCGUCCUGUCUACCAGGUGCCUGUCGAACCCGGCGAGCCCACCCCAUCGGCCAGCACCACUCCCAUUGCUGCCUCACCGUCGCCCUCGUCCGGCAAAAUCCAGAAGUCCUCCAAGAAACAGAUCAAAGUAGCUCCAGAGAACCUAGCCAAGGCCUUGGACUCGAUCCCUGAAUUCGAGAAACAUGAACAGGACAAUGCGCCAUCGUUCCAACAUGCCCCGUUUUCGUUCCAGGACGUUGGCCUAGAGAAACCCAAGGAUGAGGCGGGUCAGAGCCUUGAUGCGCCGCGUGCUCUCAUGCCUCAGCCUACUGCAAAACCAAGCGGUGGCAGCUGUUGCUCAAAAAAGCCGCAAACUCCAGCUCCCGAGCCAGCCCCAUCUUCCUGCUGCAGGAAAUCCGAUCCUCCUAGUAACGGCCAUGUGGAGCAAUCGGGCACUAAUGGAGCACAGCAUUCAUAUGCAAAUUUCAGUGCAGCGCCAUAUGCCCCAACGCCGACGUCUCAGGUUUCUCAAUGGCAGACGUUUCAUCCCACAAGUCAGACCCAAUUCAUUCAGCCUGGUUUGGUCCACCAGCCCCGCGAUCACUUUUCCAAUAACAUACCGAGCUACACGACGCACCCGGCGUCAGAGCCUUCGACAAACUACUCGACUCAUUCGGUCUCUGGUAACAUGGUGUUCACUCCAGCUGCUAUGAUGCAAUCUUUUCCCAAUUCCACCUACUCGUCCGUGGUCGAAGGCGACAAGUCCCAUGACUGCCAUUGUGGUGACAGCUGUCAAUGCCUUGGCUGUGCCUCUCAUCCGUUCAACAAUACCACCAGACAGCACGUUCAGGAAAUGGGCCUCCUGGUGGCAUUCGAUGGAGACGAUCAAAAUAUGAAUACUCUCCAGGGUUAUCAGAACGGCUCUACAGGCGGGCAGUCAAACGCCAACGGAACUCCCUUCGAAUAUCCAUAUGCAAGCUACGGCUCGACUAUCAAUCACGGCGCCCAGUCAAUUCCCAUACAUUAUGCUGAACCUGCAGCAAACUCGACCAAUUUCCACAACGGCUACCCUUCACCGCAUGCCGAGUAUACGAUGGGACAGCAGAUGAUGGAGCCUUCGGAGUAUUACACCCUCGAAUAUCCUGUUGGACUGCCCGCUGGUUGCUCGGAUAUCACUGGGAGCUGCCAGUGUGGAAGUGACUGCACCUGCAUUGGCUGCCUUACCCACAGCGGUCAUAACGGAGUUGCCCUUGAACCUGUUUCGACAGAUGGUCCUAGCAUGAACCCCAUUAUGGGACCUGCGACCUCAUCAGCUGGUGGGACCCAUCCUGGAUCGAACCCGCUGCAUUUCGUUCCUUCAUCGACUUCCAUGCUUUGA